AUGGACUGUGUUGUUUGCAUGAGUUUUGUCGAGAAUGACAUUUACAGCACAUUCUGUGGUCAUUUGUUCUGUAAACAAUGUGUUGAUAAAAUGAUUCUGAAUUCUACAAAAUGCUGGACAUGCCAAACUGCAUUAAAUAAGGCACAAGUACACAAGGUUUUUUUGCCAUCAUCAGGAACAUUAUCUCGUCAUGCUGAAUUAUCUUUAAUUAAUGCACGUAUGAACAAACUUUUGAAAAACGACGAAGAAAUACUCAAACGAGUCAAGGCUUUAGAGGAAGCUAAGAAGCCCGAGAAAGGAAAUGUAAUUUUGAUACUUGAUGACUGA